GCAAUCUGCCUGCCUCAGCCUCCCCAGUGCUGCGAUUACACAUGUGGAUCACCACGCCUGGCUAGGAUUAACUUCUAAAGACUCAUGUUACAUAACAAAGAAGACUGGAAGAGGAGGAAGAGGAAAGAAAAGGAGUCAAAAAUGGCUAUUUUUGAGGGUCUGUUGACAUUCAGGGAUGUGGCCAUAGAGUUCUCCCGGGAGGAGUGGAAACACCUGAACCCUGCUCAGAGGACUUUAUACAGGGACGUGAUGCUGGAGAACUACAGGAACCUGGUCUCCCUGGGAACGUCUCCUCUUGACCUGAGUGUUGUCUCCGUGUUGGAGUGAGGAGGAGAGCCCCGG